GUGGGUCUCGCUCUCUUCCUCCGCUGCUGCCCACAAUGGACUCUGCCAAUGUCGCCUCGUCGCAGGGUCCUCCCAUCGCUCCUGCCUCGACGAUGAGGUCUGCUACUCUCCCGCGGGGCCAAGUCACAGCCGGGCUAGACGACGAGGCAGGCUCAGCAUCGCGUCCAGGCUCCAAUAAGCGAUCCGUGCUGCCAAGCACAGAGCCUCGAAAACGGCAGGGUGGCGUUGACAGCAAGGCUCGGCGAUGCCAUGUCCAGCAGCAACGGAACAUCACUACCACCCUAGCCAAUGGUGCCGCCCCUUCAGACCCUGUCGAGGCCACGACCGCUGCUCUCGCUACCACAUCAUCUGAGGCGGCUCUUCCCCCCUCUUCCGCCCUCUCCGUUGCUACCGGCAGAGGCAUACACGCAGUCUCGCACGACAGUCUGCAACCCUCCCGCGCUAGGCAAGACUCACAAAACUCUUGCAUACCUUGUCCCCUUCCUGAUUACCUGCCGCGGGCAAUCACUCGCGGGUACCCGCCUCUGCGCCACGCCGUUUCGACUCCCUUGCCUCUCCUGGCCACUCACCCCAAGACGACGGUGCACAAGGAAAAGCGCUGGCAGCCCUUGGCACCUCCCAUUCCCCCUGCCCCGCUGUAUGGCCAUCAAGAUGCAAUCUCCGCCCUGCCUCUCCAAUUCCGCACCAAGAACGACGCCGAGCUGUGGGCCAGAGUAUAUAUCGGUGCCGAGGACCAGACAGUGGCUGCAAAAUGGUUGAAAGAUGGAGAGGGGAAGCGGUCCGGAGCGGCCGAGAUUGGAAGGCACUUGGUACGAGCAGGAAAUGGCGGUCGCAGCGGAGACGUCAUGCUGCAAUGUGCAAUGCAUAAGCGCACGGGGUGCUUCUGGAAGCUGAUGAUCUCUCGCUCGACAGUGUCUGCCAAAUCCGGUUCAACGUCAACGUCGAUGUCGGGCUUCUCGCCCGGCCCCCCUCUCGAAUUCUCUUUCUCUCGCGCGGGCCCGUCCCAGGAGGAAGACACCUUCGUACAGCCUCAAGACGGUAGCAUCUAUCGCUGGGAGAUUAGCAAUCCCUUCCGGGAGCAUUCGCACACCUGCCGGCGAAACCCUCUCUACCCGGACCUCCUUGAGGCAUUCAACAAAUACCUCGAGGAGAAGAGCAAGUCAGGCGAAACGCCUGCCUCAAAGUCCGCAGAGCUCGAAUUGUUCAGUUCAUUUGCGGCGAGCUGGCACACCGACCUGAUGAAUGAGAGACGGGCACUUGCUGCCGGCCAGAGUGCGGCAGUAUCUGGUUCUCUUGCACUGGGCGGCAGCAUCGCGCAAGGUGGUAAUUCCUCAUCCAAUGCCUGUAGAGGCGUGAGAGGGAAAGCGUCCCCACAGCAUGUUGGUGAGCUGGCCACGGAGAGGGGCAGACUUCACGGACCCUCAGAAGCAGUAGAACAGGAAGAAGACGAGCCAUUGUCCGACUACGAAGGCUCAGACUAUGGGUCCAACAUCUCCACCGGCGAAUCUCUCUUCCCUGGCAAUGGAGAUUCUGUAGGAUGCGAUUUCCUUCAGGGCUCGCCAAAUGAACCAGACGGAUCGAAUGGCGAAGGCCCAGUCGCUGGUUUGAAAGAGCAGCCGCUACAUUUCGGCCCUUCCACACAAACGACGAUGACAGCGACUUCGAGCCUGGCUGACGCAAGCGCCGCAAGUCUCAGACCUCCGCUUGGCUCUCGGCCUUCUUCACCCAGCCUUCAGGCGCUCAGUGUAACUGCCACAUCUACAGCCACACCUGUCCAAUCUCGAAAUCGCACCUUCUGGCCCUCCUUAGAGCCCCAAGAAACGCUCUGCGCGGGGCUAGAGCAAUUUCUGCCGGGCGUAAGCAAAUGGAUGCGGGAGCGGAUGAGCGAGAGGCCUGCGGGCUCAGGCCAGAGUAGAUGGACAAGGAGCGUGCGUAGUACUAGUCAUGCUUCCAAAAGACCUGCAACGGCCACUACUUCAGCUGUGCUCAACUUGUCCGGUCUGGUACACGCGGUCGACGACCUAAUGACUCACGCUCCCUGGGCUGGGAGUUCCGCUUCGACGGCGAGGGCAUCACUGGGCCUACUUCCUUCACAGACGAUUGGGCAAGAGGAAGUCACGUUUCCCCCACCUCUGUUGGGCAUCAUCAUUCACGUACCCGAGACUAGUGGGAAUGAAGCUCCUGGCUCAUCAGCAAGCUCCUUAAGCCGUAGCAGCAAUGUCGACGAGGGCUCGAGGGGUACAGAUGGCAUUCUCUUGAUGUGGCCCUCGCCUCAGCAGCCGUGGAUGACAUCUUACCAUACCUUGCUCAACAGGUGCAGGUCCAUAGUGGAAGCCCGGAAGCAGGUGCACCAGUCGGCCGCUGCGCAGCGUACAGGGGCAGGUGUCAGUGUUGUCGAGGGCAACACCAGCGACAGAUCGGCCACGACUGGCGGAGCUCAUUACGCCUCCUCUUCUCUCUCUUCAUUGGAAGGAGGCAGUGUGCUCUGUUUCUACAGCGAGGUCAUGAUUGCCUACCCCACGAUGGAAGCAUGCCUGGUCAGGCACCACUUGCUCCUUCCCUCCGGCGUCACUGGGUAUGAUGAGCAGCAGGAAGUGGAGGCUUUGGCGCCAUCCAGCGCAAUGACAUCUGGUACAACGACGGGCGUAGCGGUCGUUGUGCAAGAGGAAAUCCGCUCUGACUUGCAAGCGACAGGCACCGUUGUCAGCCGCUUGGAGUCCCAUCGUACGGCUCCCGGUGCAGUGACCUCUUGCGCCACCAAUCAAGCGCCGAAUUGUACACCAACGGUAACUUCAGUGGUGACAAGAGGUGCUCACUUGCAUCACCUCGUGCCCUGCCAACCGGAGGAGCUUCUAGCGCGCCUUCAGCUUACAGAAUGCUUCGCUCCCGCAACACUUCGAAGGAGUCCGAAUCCUGACUGCAUGUAUCUCUGGAAACCCAACCGGCUCGUUCUCCAGAGGGUGCUGGAUCUAGUGCCUGGGCUGGCAGGGAAGUUGGGCUCCUGAGUGGACUCACACCGGCCUAGAGGAAUGCGUGACGUGAGGAUAGGCUGAGGACUGAUGGGGAAGGAAGUAGCGUUGCACCCAAUGAGUCCCUCCCACAAGGGUCUACAUGUUGCUUCAAACGCGCCAGCGCGGCUGACGGCUUACUUUUAUGAGAUGCGGCCUUGUUAAUCUACAGUCAACUGUAUUGAGCUGCGAAUCUUUCCGUAC